CCCUCCUCCAUCACCUCCUCCUCCGCCACCAUGCGUCCCGCCGCGCUGCUCCUCGUGCUGACCGCCGCCGUGUACGCGGACAGCAUGGAGGGACCAACAGCUGGCUGUACCUUUGACGAGGACUCGGACCCGGGUCUGUGUGAGUACCGCCAAGGCCAGGAGGACGACUUCGACUGGCAGCUGAUCCGGACCUACAACUGGCCUCACCCGACGCCCGAUCUGCUGCGAGGGUCCUUCAUGAUGGUCAACGCCUCGCAGCACUUCGGCGGCCAGCGGGCGCAGCUGCUGCUGCUGCCGCUCAGCGAGAACGACACCCACUGCAUCCAGUUCAGCUACUUCCUGUACAGCCGCGACGGCCACAGCCCCGGGGACCUGCAGGUCUACAUCCGCGUCAACGCUGGGUCCAAGGGCAGCGCCGUGUGGAAUGUCUCCGGCUCCCAGGGGCGCCAGUGGCACCAGGUGGAGCUCGCCGUCAGCACCUUCUGGCCCAGCGAAUACCAGGUCAUCUUCGAGGCGACCGUUUCCGAGGAGCGGCAGGGCUACAUCGCCUUGGACGACAUCGUGCUGCUCAAUUACCCCUGCUACAAGGUGCCUCACUUCUCUCGGCUGGGCGAGGUGGAGGUGAACGCCGGCCAGAACGCCUCCUUCCAGUGCGUGGCCACGGGGAAGGUGUCGGAGGCGGAGCCCUUCCUGCUGGAGCGGAGGAACGGCGUGGUGCUGGACGCGCCCCUGCUGUCCCGGCUGAGCCACAAGCGGCUGAUGGCGACGUUCCAGGUGGAGGCGCAGCGCGGCGAGCAGGACCUCUACCGCUGCAUCACCUCGUCCACCAGGGGCGCCACCGUGUCCAACUUCGGGGAGCUCAUCGUCAGAGUGCCCCCGACGCCGAUCGCGCCCCCCCAGCUCCUGCGGGCCGGCCCCACCUACCUGAUCAUCCAGCUCAACACCAACUCCAUCGUCGGGGACGGGCCGGUCAUCCGCCGGGAGAUCCAGUACCGCGCCAGCCAGUCCAUGUGGACGGAGACCCACGGCGUCAGCUCGCUCACCUACAAGGUGUGGCACCUGGAGCCCGACACCGAGUACCGCAUCAGCGUGCUGCUCACCCGGCCGGGGGACGGGGGCACCGGCGCGCCCGGACCGCCGCUCGUCAGCAGGACCAAGUGCGCAGAGCCCAUGCGUGCCUUGCGAGGCCUGACGGCCACGGAGAUCCAGCCCCGGCAGCUGGCCCUGCAGUGGGAGCCGCUGGGCUACAACCUGACCCGCUGCCACACCUACACCCUGUCGCUGUGCUACCGCUACUCCAUGCCGACGGGCGGCAGCGGCGGCAACAACGCCACCGUCAGGGAGUGCCUGUCCGUGGAGCGCAACACCUCCCACUUCACCCUGAGGGACCUGCCGCCGUUCCGCGCCGUCCACGUCCGGCUGGCGCUGGCCAACCCCGAGGGCAAGAAGGAGAGCCGGGAGGUGACCUUCCAGACGGAGGAGGACAUUCCCGGCGGCAUCGCCCCCGAGUCCCUGACCUUCACCCCGCUGGACGACAUGAUCUUCCUGAAGUGGGAGGAGCCUGUGGAGCCCAACGGCCUCAUCACGCAGUACGAGAUCAGCUACCAGAGCAUCGAGUCCUCGGACCCGGGCAUCAACGUGCCGGGCCCGCGGCGCACCGUGUCCAAGCUGCGGAACGAGACCUACCACAUGUUCUCCGGCCUGCACCCCGGGACCACCUACCUGGUGUCGGUCCGCGCCCGCACCGCCAAGGGCUUCGGCCAGACGGCGCUGACCGAGAUCACCACCAACAUCUCCGCGCCGGUGUUCGACUACGAGGACAUCCCGUCGCCGCUGAGCGAGUCGGAGAGCACCAUCACCGUGCUGCUGCGCCCGGCGCUGGGCAGGGGCGCGCCCGUCAGUGCCUACCAGGUGGUGGUGGUGGAGGAGGACGGCUCCCGCCAGGUGCGGCGCCGCGAGCUGGGCACCGUGGACUGCUUUCCCACCCCCAACUCCCACAGCGAGGCCCAGGCCAAGGGGGCGCCGCACUACUACACGGCCGAGCUGGCGCCCAGCAGCCUCCCCGAGGCCACGCCCUUCACCGUGGGCGACAACCACACCUACAACGGCUACUGGAACAGCCCCCUGGACCCCACCAAGAACUACCUCAUCUACUUCCAGGCCACCAGCAACUUCAGAGGGGAGACCAGAAUCAACUGCAUUCGGAUUGCUCGCAAAGCCGCCUGCAAAGACUCCAAAAGGGCUAUGGAGGUUUCCCAGCAUGCCGAGGACAUGGGUUUGAUCCUGGGAGCGUGCGCCGGCGGGCUGGUGGUGCUGAUCCUGCUCCUCGGGGCCAUCGUCAUCAUCGUGAAGAAGGGAAGGGACUUCUAUUCUUACCCUUACUACCCUAGGAAGAAGGUGGCCAUAAACAAGGCGGCCAUGUCCUACAGGCAGGAGAAGAGCCGGAAGCUGAGCUCUCUGGACUGCAGCAUGACGGAGCAGAGCACUCUCCAGCAGGACGAGAGGAUGGCGCACUCCUUCAUGGACGCCCACGGCUGCAACGCUCGAAAUGAGCAGCGCAGCUCCGUCAACGAGUCCAGCAGCUUGCUGGGAGGCUCGCCGCAGCGGCACUGCCGGAGGAAGAGCUCGCCGUACCACACGGGUCAGCUGCACCCGGCCGUCAGGGUGGCCGACCUCCUGCAGCACAUCAACCAGAUGAAGACGGCCGAGGGCUACGGCUUCAAGCAGGAGUACGAGAGUUUCUUCGACGGAUGGGAUGUGACCAAGAAGAAAGACAAGACCAAAGGGCGGCACGACAGCCUGCUCAGCCAUGAUCGCCAUCGAGUCAAGCUCCACUCCCUGCUGGCAGACCCCAGCUCCGAUUAUGUCAAUGCCAACUACAUCGACAUUCGGAUAAACAGGGAAGGCUACCAGCGGUCCAACCACUUCAUCGCCACUCAAGGCCCCAAGCAGGAGAUGAUCUACGACUUCUGGCGGAUGGUGUGGCAGGAGAACUGCUUCAGUAUUGUCAUGAUCACCAAGCUGGUGGAGGUGGGCAGGAUGAAGUGCUGCAAGUACUGGCCCGAUGACACAGAUCUGUACGGCGACAUUAAGAUAACGCUGCUGAAGACAGAAACGCUGGCGGAGUACACGGUGCGAACCUUCGCCAUGGAGCGGAGAGGCUAUCCGGCCAAACACGAGGUGUGCCAGUUCCACUUCACGUCCUGGCCCGAGCACGGCGUGCCCUACCACGCCACGGGCCUGCUGGCCUUCCUCCGCCGGGUCAAGGCCUCCACGCCCCCGGAUGCCGGUCCUGUGGUGGUUCACUGCAGCAUGGGGGCGGGCCGGACCGGCUCGUGCAUCGUGCUGGACGUCAUGCUGGAUAUGGCCGAGUGUGAAGGGGUGGUGGACAUCUACAACUGCGUGAAGACGCUCUGCUCCCGCCGCAUCAACAUGAUCCAGACUGAGGAGCAGUACGUGUUCAUCCACGACGCCAUCCUGGAGGCCUGCCUGUGCGGAGAGACCGCCAUCCCCGUCACCGAGUUCUCUCUCACCUACAAGGAAAUGCUGAAGGUCGACUCGCAGAGCAACACCUCGCAGCUCAGAGAGGAGUUCCAGACGCUGAACUCGGUGACCCCCCACCUGGACGUGGAGGAG